UGAAAAUCGGCGGCUUUCGUAAAUGUAUUGAUAGUAUUGCGCUUCGUCGAGUGCUGUUUAUUUGAAGAAUAUAUCCAAACGUAUCUUCUACAUCGACAAAUAAGAUGUUUCGAUACACUAAGUUGAUUGUAAUUGCUUUAAUCGCUAACCAAUGGUUGGAUUGCUUUUCGAGUAAUCAGUUACAAAGCCAAUUACACGAGAAAAUGAAGAAAGAGAGGACCGUUCGCAUUCUUUCCAUUCAGAGUCCCGGUUAUCUGGUGGCAACGGAAACAGAAAAGGGUGUCGAGUUUCGUGGACUUUUUGGAAACGUUCUUAAUGUCAUUGGAAAAAAGCUUAAUUUGAGUUUCCUUUGUAUUAAAUCGGACAAAAUGGUAGCCGGAAAUAAAUUAGAAAACGGAUCGUGGACCGGAUUUGUUGGAGCAAUACAAAGAAACGAAGUCGACUUGUUUCCGGGACAAAUGGGAUAUUUAGAAACGGAAGUCGUAAAUUAUUUGAUGCCGUUUAUAUUCGGAGAAGUCAAAUUUAUAGUGAAAAAACCGGAGCAAUUGUCAAAAAUAUUUAUUAUAGUUCGACCAUUCCAAAAAGAGAUAUGGUAUUUAGUAUUUUUAAUUAUACCGACUGCCAUUAUCGUUCUCUACUUAAUUAUGAAAUAUGAGUGGAAGUGGAACAAAACAAUUUACCCCCAUGUAAACAGAAUUGCUUGGUUCGUAGUAACUAGUUUUACCGGACAAGGAAACGAUCUGGUGGACGGUGCGGGUUUUAUUACCAGAUGCUUUAUUUCCGGAUGGUGGUUGUCAGUCUUUGUUCUCAUCGCUAGUUACGGCGGUAUGUUAACGUCUUUCAUGAACAAUCCCGGUUUCGAAACCGCACCGAGAACGCUUCGAGAAUUAGAAGACGGGAUGCGGUCCGAAAAAUAUUUCGCCGGUACUUACAAGAAUACGGCAACUGUCAAUAACAUUAUGAAUGCCGAAAGUGGAUUUAUGAAGACUCUUAGAGAUCACUUGAGAAAGUAUCCCGAAAAUUUACGCCCGCUGAGAGGAAAUGUGUUUCCUAAAGACAAAAAAGCAUUCGCAUUUUUUUCACACGAUUUGUAUCUUUCGACUUUCGGUCCUUCUUACUUAAUGUCUAAAGACGAAUUAUAUACAGUAUAUCAAACAUUUGUCGUCUCUAAACAUUUUCCUUAUAAGGAAGCUAUGGAAAAAAUUAAUCAAAAGUUGUUCGAAUCCGGAAUAUUACAUCAAUGGGAAAAGAAAUUAAUCGAAACUUGGUCACACUUUACAGUAACUAGUGAAGAACCUGUUAGAUCUCUCAACGUGUACGAUGUUCAAGAUGCCUUUUAUAUUCUGCUCUUAGGAUACUUAGCUGGCAUUUUAUGUCUUAUUUUAGAAAACUGCAAUCGCUAUCGAAAAUCUACAUUUUUUUAGUCAUAAUGUUCUUUACAUACGGUGUAUCGGGGAUGCAGAAUAUGUCUGAUCGGGGACGCGAACGAGGCUGGGAGGAAAUUAAAGCGGUUCCAAAAAAUUUACGGUAGAAAAAAUAUUAUGGCAAUAAGCCGUAUAAAUGUUACAAUAAAAUAAUAUAGUAACGACUAGAUUAAGUAUAGACAUUAAAUAAGAAAAUUGGCUAAAACAUGGGAAAACUGCGUGUUUUAAGAGAAAUUGCAACGUCGUUUCUCAUCGUUCUAGUCACUUGUCAGGUUGCUGCCUGUCUACACAUUUGCAUGGAAGAUUCUGUCUCACGAACCGCGGUUUCAAAAAUCGAACCCGAAAAAGAAAAUGCGGGUUCCUUAUAAGGAAGGGUUUGUUUUUAUUUCAAAACUCUUUUCGAUCGAAUUAAAACGAAAUAGUCACUCGUAACUCUCACGGAAAAUUUGCAAAUUAAUAAACUACGCUUAAAAACUU